CUGAGAGUUCAGUUAGUGGCAAUAUAUGCAAUCGGCUUAUUGUGCUGAUUGUCGCCUUCUAGCUGAAAUCUACACUUGCGGCACUGACCUCAAGAGUCGGCGAGAUGAAAAAGUACAUAAAUCAGUGGCAUUUACUGCCAUUCAACGCUUGUCCAACAAGCAGUAUCUUUCAUUGAGAAUUAUCCAGUAAUAAUUCAUCAAAUUUAGUUCCAUCGUCAUCACGUCUGAAAUGAAAUAUGUCCGAGUUGGCAAGUCCGGUCUCAAAGUCUCACAAAUCAUCCUCGGAUGCAUGAGUUUCGGCGACAAGAAUUGGCAGCCCUGGCUUCUUGAUAAGGAUGAGGCACUACCAAUCCUCAAGUAUGCCUUCGACAAGGGCAUCAACACAUGGGAUGUCGCCGAUACAUACUCGAAUGGAGAGUCAGAGAGGAUCCUCGGCGCCGCUAUCAAACACUACAGCAUUCCUCGUUCGAAGCUCGUCAUCAUGUCCAAGUGCUUUCAGUUUGUCGACGAGGAAAAGGGUCCUAUUGAUCCUGCAACUCUCACUAGCAACGAUGGUCCUCGCGUCAACAGAGUCGGUCUUUCUAGAAAGCACAUUCUUGAUGCGGUGGAUCAGAGCAUCGAACGACUGGGAACCUACAUCGAUGUUUUGCAGAUUCACAGGAUGGAUCGUGAUGUUCCGCCAGAGGAGAUUAUGAAAGCACUCAAUGAUGUGGUCGAGAGCGGAAAGGUUCGCUACAUUGGUGCCAGCUCGAUGGCAGCAUGGGAGUUCCAAAUGCUCCAGAACGUAGCAGAGAAGAAUGGAUGGCAUAAAUUCAUUUCCAUGCAAGGUUUAUAUAACCUCCUCUACCGCGAAGAAGAAAGAGAAAUGAAUCCUUAUUGCGACUACACGGCUGUCGGUCUGUUCCCGUGGUCUCCCUUAGCCGCAGGAGUUCUUGCGCAUCCUUGGGCCGACAGAACAGAUACUCGAGAGCAGAAGGACCCCUUUCUCAAGCUUCUUUUCCGUGGAGAAAACCAAGACGCUGACAAAGCCAUUGUUGGCCGUGUUGAGGAGUUGGCUCGGAAGAAGGGCGUUUCUAUGGCUCAGGCCGCGCAGGCUUGGCUGAUUGCGAAGGGAUGUAUGCCUAUCUGCGGCUUAGAGACCAGGGAAAGGAUCGAUCAGGCAGUGAAAGCCCUUCAGGUAACAUUGAGCGAUGAGGAGAUCAAGUAUCUCGAAGAGCUUUAUGUUCCCAAGGUGCCAUUUCCCUUCUAAGUUGACAGGCCCAACAUACUCAAAGGGCGUGGACAUCAUGCUAUGACACAUAAAACAGCUAAUUAAUAUCCAAAUCAAAUAUGUUAUCGUCUUUCUCAACAUGGACAUGACGACAAUGAUCUUCAUGACUCGUAAACAAG